AUGGCACUCGACAGACUCAAGUCCGUUGCCCAACAUGUCACCGGCACACUCCCCCCUCCUCACCCUUUCGAUCCCCUCAGCAAUGCGGAAAUUGAGGCUGCGGUCCAGAUUAUACGGCAGCAAUAUGGCCAGUUACAUUACAAUGCCAUUACUCUGAAGGAACCUUUGAAAAAGGAGAUGCUGAGAUGGCUGGAAAAUCCAAGUAUACCUCGACCGGUGCGGAUAGCGGAUGUCGUCGUCGUUGCGCCCGGUGGAAAGGUCAUUGAGGGAUGGGUGGACUUGAAGGCAGGGAAGGUCACCAAAUGGCUUUCUCUAGAGGGUGUGCAACCUUUGAUUACCAUGGAGGAUCUACAGGCUGUUGAGCAUGUUUGCAGGAAAGAUCCAAAGGUCAUCGAACAAUGUGCGAUUAGUGGUAUUCCAGCAGAAGAUAUGCACAAAGUCUAUUGUGAUCCUUGGACAAUUGGCUACGAUCAUCGUUUUGGAAGCAAUGUUCGAUUACAACAGGCCCUUAUGUAUUACCGACCACACAUGGAUGACAGCCAAUACUCCUUCCCACUCGACUUCUGCCCUAUCUUCGACGCUGCCAAACAAGAAAUCAUUCACAUCGAUAUCCCAGAAAUACGUCGGCCUGUCAACAAGGCGAAACCUAACAAUUACCAUGUCGAUGCGAUUGAGAAGGAGGGAGGUUACAGAACCGAUAUUAAACCAAUAAAUAUCACACAACCAGAAGGCGUUUCCUUCAAGGUGGAAGGACGAGUCAUUGACUGGCAAAACUGGAAGGUUCAUGUUGGUUUUAACUAUAAGGAAGGAAUUGUGCUCAAUAACAUUACAUACAACGACAAGGGAACUGAAAGACCCAUCUUUUACAGGCUUUCGCUUGCGGAGAUGGUUGUGCCAUAUGGUAACCCGGAACAUCCACAUCAGAGGAAGCAUGCCUUUGAUCUUGGAGAGUAUGGCGGUGGAUAUAUGACCAACAGUCUGUCGUUGGGAUGUGACUGCAAAGGUGCGAUUCAUUACAUGGAUGCCGCUUUUGUCAACAAGGCUGGAGACAGUACAACAAUCAAGAAUGCUAUUUGUAUCCACGAAGAAGAUGCGGGUAUCUUGUUCAAGCAUACCGACUUCCGUGACGACUCGGUCGUGGUCACCAGAGGCCGUAAGCUAAUCAUCUCGCACAUUUUUACUGCUGCAAACUACGAAUAUUGCGUGUACUGGAUCUUCCACCAAGAUGGUACUGUUCAGCUGGAGAUUAAGCUCACCGGUAUCCUAAACACAUAUGCCAUGAACCCUGGAGAGGACACGAAAGGUUGGGGGACGGAGGUCUACCCCGGUGUCAAUGCACACAACCACCAACAUCUGUUCUGUUUACGAAUCGAUCCAAAUAUCGAUGGACCCAAUAACACAGUCUUUCAGGUUGAUGCGACUCAGGGUGCCGGAGAAGUUGGCAGCAAGGAGAAUCCUUUCGGUAAUGCCUUCUACGCGAAGCGAACAAAGUACUCUACCGUGAAAGAAGCAACUAGUGAUUAUAACGGCGCCACUUCGAGAACUUGGGAUAUGUGUAACACCAAUAAGCUCAACCCUCACAGCCACAAACCUGUAAGCUACAAGCUCGUGAGCCGUGAAGUACCUGGCUUGCUUCCAAAAGAAGGGUCUCUGGUAUGGAAGAGAGCGGGUUUCGCGAGACAUGCUGUUCAUGUCACCAAAUAUGAUGAUGAGCAGCUAUAUCCAGCAGGACGUCACGUCCCUCAAACAUCAGGUGAACCAUCAAGAGGUAUUCCAGAAUGGAUAGCCGAUGGUGAAGCCUCAAUCGACAACACCGAUGUAGUCCUCUGGCAUACCUUUGGCCUCACUCAUUUCCCCGCUCCAGAAGAUUUCCCAAUCAUGCCAGCUGAACCAAUGACCCUGCUGCUUCGACCACGAAACUUCUUUGUCAGAAAUCCAGCACUCGAUGUACCACCCAGCUAUUGCAGUACCCCUAGUCAGAUUGCUUCUAAGAGUAUGGUGACUAAUGCUGCGGAUAAGAUGUCGAAAUUGGUUAUUGCUCCUGGGGAGGCUGAUUGUUGUAAAAAGUGA